ACACCGAUGACCCCGUCGUGCCGCCCGCCUGCCACUGGUCUGACCCACCUCGCCUCAGUCGUCAUCGGCGAGACCACUGUCCCCAAUUUGGCCUCCGCCUCCAUGCCGCCGCCCCGGAUUUGCCCCAACUCGGCCGGUCGCCGUCGCGCCGGAGAUGCCUGCAAAGAAGCAGCGGGCCACCAAGCCAUGCGGUGGAGGCGUGAAGCGACAACUGGUGCGGGGGCGCAACCCGGCGGCGAGCCAACCUCGGCCGGCCAAAAUUUAGAAGUCGAAUGCGGCUGCGAUGGGUGAUUGACUGCCGCCGAUGGCCGUGGCUUCCUCCUCCGGCCAAAGAGGCCCUCCUCCACCUUCAUCGCUGCCCCUACUCCAUUCCUCCUCCUUUCUCCGCCUCGAAUCGAUGCAGCUCCGCCGCCUUGAUUCACGCCGCCGCCUCACCGAUUCGCCAUGCCCGCUGCCCUCCGAUGCUUUUCCUCCGCCACCCUGAAUCGCGCCGCGCCGCCACUGUCCCCACUGCCGCCGCCCACUAGUUUUUACAUCUCAAUUUUGCAUCACCUAUUGGAGUUGCACUUUUACAUCUCCGUUUGCAUCAUCUGUUGGAGUUGACCCUUUUUUGGAUAUGCAAAAGGCACUUUUUGGAGGUGUAAACUUUUACAUCUCCAAAUUUGCAUCUUCUAUUGGAGAUGCUCUAAUGGAGUCUGCUACCAUAUAGCACCAGGUCAAGAGACUUCUCACGGAUGCGUGUAGGCGAAAAUAUAGCUCCUUUUUUUAAAAGGUAGCAACCAUUCAUCGUGUGCUCUUGCUCGCCGUUUCCCCCAAAUCUCUCUUCUUGAUCGCGUACAGAAUGACGCCGCCGCCGCUGCCCAUCACCGGGAACGUAGCCUCCGGCAAGCCGUCUUCUAGAUCCGUCUGUUCACGCCAUGAUCUGCAAGCCCCCCCCCCCACACACACACGUCGGAGUGGUGCGCAGCUGCCACCGUCUUCCCGUGUCGUUGUGGCCUUCGCUCCAGCUGCACGCGGAGAUGCGGACACGGCUCCUCGGCAACUCGAGAAAUCAUCUGCCCAGCCAGCCGUCCGAUCUGGCGUUGUGGACGUCCAAUUUGGCGCAGCAACAGGAGCCGUCGGGUGAUAUCCAGAGCAACAUCAAGCAUUGCCCCCGACAAACUGUUAGCAGCCCACCUUAUCUGUAUGGGCUUGCCCCGUCUAGCUCAUGGGUCUGGCCUGGUUGAGAACCCCUCAGACUACAAGUACGCGAGAGGAAGCAACUAAGGAGGGUAUCCAGUGGAUCACGAACGGCGGCGGCGGCUUCCUUUCCUUCUUCUUUCUCUCGCUCUCCAUUCCUGUACUCUAGCCAGAGCUUGUAAUUAGCACUUGUAUCUCGAAUUCCCCUGUGCAUGUAAUAGAUCGAGAGAGUAUCUACCAGUACCCUAACAUCUGGUAUCAGAGCCAGACACUACCCUUCCCUUUCAAAUUUUUUCUCCCAAAUCCUACAAUUCCAACGGCGACGACACCAUGCCCGCCGUCAAACCACCAGAGUGGGAUGCCAUGUUUGCCAAGGAGCAGUUGUUGUGGUAUCUCGAGAGGUUAUGUGCUCAGGCAGACGAGAUGAGCUCAGUGUUGGGUAUUGCACGAGUGGGUGACCCUCCCAUGGUCACCUCGCUUGUCGAUCCGGCGGCCUCAACCACGACGCACGCCUCACCUACUCCCGUCCCCGACUCUCCGGCUCCACCACCAAGGUCCAGGAAGUGCUUGAGUUCAUCCAAGACGCGCCCCUGCUUGCAUCGCGAUGGCGCACAUCAACUGUUCGACGGAUGGCUCGAACCAAGUUGUCGCCACGAACAGCGUCAACAAGGUCACCACCAUCUACCCCGAGCCCGUCAUCGACAUCGGCGACAAGAGGGUGGAGCAGUUCACUGACUCUACCGUGAGUGCCGAGUCCCUCGCAGUGGUGACCGCCACGGUGGUGUCUUCCAACCCGGGCAAGUACGCAGCGGUGGAGGCCCCUCCCGAUGUCCUCACCACACCUGCAGUACCUACCAACAUUUCCUCAUCCACCACAAAGGCCAAGGAGGUCUUCGAGGUUGCUUAUGAUGUGCCCCAGGACAGCAUCACCAAGACACUCGUGAGUUAUUCGACGGAUUGUUCGAACCAAGUCGUUGCCACAUCGUCGUUCCGGGCCCAUGACCUGGACAUCUCGUUGCCCACAAGGCACCAAGGACUUUUGAUGCGGCCGACACCAUGACCGUCGUUUCUGGCAGAUCAUAUGGCUGAGGGGAAUGAGAAUCGACCAACUCCAUGGCCAUCAUUUCAAAUCGGCGUGCCAUCAAAGGACAAGGAUGAUUCAUGUUUUAGUGAGAAGUUAUUUCAUGAAGGUAAAAAGUGGCUUUCAGAACUAUGUGAUUGCUCUAUUACUAUGGCUCCUCCAGUGCAGCAUUUGAAUCUAGCUAUCACGACUGCACAUCUACUUCUGAGCAUGCAGAAAAUGGUUGCUCUAAGCACCGAACGUUCAAGCAAAAAAAUUCUUCAGUUCAUGCAAUUUGGGCCCUAUGAACUAGUCUGCUACAAGCUUCAGGGUCCGAUUUCCAGUUUGUUUGCUAGUGUUGUUGUUCAGACUGUAUUCUCUGCAUAUACUACUGAUUCACUUCUUCCGUGGGAAUUCGGUAGAUGUACAAUCAUGGGAAGGGCAACAAAAUGCAGUGGAGGAUACACUGUGCAAUUUGAGCCACGGCAUGUGUUCAAGUUCAGUCAAGAGACUAUCCAGCUGAAGCCACCUUGGCCAUCAUUUUCAUGCGAUUGCCGAGCAGUGCAGGUCUUGAGCAUGUCAAUGCGUUGGAAAUUUUUGAGCAUUGCAGAUCUGAGAGCAUCCUGGACGCAUCUAUUAAGGGUGCACCUGACAUCAUGUUCCGGGAAGAAGGUUGUUUGAUGGAUCCAUUCGGUGGCAAGAGCUAUCUCUGUGAUCAGGCGAUUAAUUGAUGUCCGACUGAAAUGGUGGUCAAAACUACCUAAUGGUGAGCCCCCUGAUGACUGCUAUUCUAGUGUUACUCCUUUUUCUUCACUCGUGACUCCCUCUUUUUAUGUUGUUUGUUCAUUGGAAUCUACUGAGCAUCAAUUUCUGGCUAUUCCUGAACAAGUCAGUGAGUUGGCUGGCACUUUUGGUCUUGACAAAUUUUUGAGCACUAGUAAUCUAGUAUGUGAAAUCCAAAUGCAUUGGAAACUUUCUGAGCAUCGAGCACGGGAUCUUGCUGACCAAAACGAGGAAUUAUGUCAUAUUGGAGAUCUUGUGUGGAACCUCCGCGGAUACUGCAUAAAUAUACUUUAUGUAGAGCUCUGGCACUGGUGGUCUCUGAAACUGGACACUAACAAUUCAUGUUUCAGUAAGCAUCUUUUGCAUGAAGGUAAGCAUUGGUUUUCAGAACUCUGUUCAUGCUCUAUUACUUCUGCUCCUGUACUACAACAUUCUUGGCUUGCUACUAUGGCUGCACCUCUGUGUCGGAGAAUGCGGGAAAUGGGUAUCGGUCUUCACUUAAUACAGUUCGAGCAAUUACUGUCGUUUGAUAAAGCUAGCAUCAAUGAUCAAUGGCAACUUGACUAGACAAGCAUGAUGUUGUAUGUGCUAUCCCCCGGCAUGAGAUAUCACAGGGGGCCAUACAAAUCAUGAGCAUGACAGUUCAUUGGCCAUUUUUGAAUCAAACUGAACUUAAGGGCAGUGGCCAGCUUGAUAAGCAAUGCAAUUCUGACCAAAUAACUAAUAGUUCAAGAGCUAGAAUUCAGCUUACAGUAAUGAAUCAUGGUCUAUUCUCACACACGACAUACAGUCAGCAGCAUGGGAUCUUCCUUCUUCAGUUUGUGACGGUGCUUUGUAAGAUGAUGUCAGCGUCUGAAACGAGGUCACUUAUAUCAUUAUGGUCUCAUCAUAUAUUAUUGGAUUAUAUGUUUGAGCAGAGCAUUUGUCAUGACUGGGAAUCACUGUUCUAUUCAAAUCAGCGAACACCCCUUGCGGAUUUUGGAAUGGUGGAUUCUAGUUCAGCCAGAAUGGGUAUCCCCAUUAUAUCUCAAGUUGUUUCAAAGCAUCACUGCGUGGUUCCUAUCUGUGCAAUUAUACAGACCGACAGUGAUCAGUGCAAGCGUGAGUGGCACCCGCAAUGCUUUUUAAACAAAUGGCUAGAGGAGGUUGGAAAUGGCCAGAACAAGGCGGAUUUUGUUCCCUUGGGUUGUUAUGCGUGGGGACUGCUGAAUCCUAAUUGCUAUCAAGUCAGUAUGAACUCUUGUUUCCAUGGAUAUUCUUUUCUUUAUGGUCUGGUGCUGCUUCAGUGGGAAAUUGCUUGGACACUUCAUUUGGAGUUCUCUUCUGGUGGCAACAACUCUGGCCAACCAUUCCGUCCACCAAGCACGACAUGUGCAAAAUCAACUGGAAAACAGGAAAUUAAUCAAGGAAGGAGGGGUGACAGAGCUGAUGUUGGGUACGUUUACUGCAUCUACUACACUUGCUACUCUGAUCAAGACCCUAGUGGCCAUAACAACUACCCCGACACCUUCCAUCGGCAAGCCUCCGUUGAGCACGACUACUACCUCUGCGGCGUUGAAGUCUUCAUCAACUACGACUACCACCGUGACUACGACCAAGCCAAGCAACAUCGAGUGCAAUGGGAUCCGGGUGGUUCUCGGUGGCAUCGGCUUGGGGUCAAGCCGAAUCUCAAGGAGGGGGGAUGUUAGCAGCCCACCUUAUCUGUAUGGGCUUGCCCCGUCUAGCUCAUGGGUCUGGCCUGGUUGAGAACCCCUCAGACUACAAGUACGCGAGAGGAAGCAACUAAGGAGGGUAUCCAGUGGAUCACGAACGGCGGCGGUGGCUUCCUUUCCUUCUUCUUUCUCUCGCUCUCCAUUCCUGUACUCUAGCCAGAGCUUGUAAUUCGCACUUGUAUCUCGAAUUCCCUUGUGCAUGUAAUAGAUCGAGAGAGUAUCUACCA